UAAUAUGGCGGCGGUGAGGCUCGGGAAGUAACACAACGUGGGGAAAUUUGGGGCAAAAUUCGUCCUAAAAUUGUUUGAAUUCCAAUCAAAAUUCCGACCGAGUCAAGAAGAUGCUACGCUCGAUUACCUAUGCUGUUUGGAGAGGAACAAAUAGCCUUCGUUGGGCAGUAAAAGGUCGCACUCCCACACCGUUAGCGAGAGGUCUACACAUCUCUGAGGCUACCACGCAAGCACUACCCCAGGAGGAUUCAGCCACACCACCAGCGAGCGAUGAGAGACUCUCAGAGAACGAUGUAGUCUCGCCAGACUUUGUCAACCGCAACCCCCGCAAUCUGGAGAGGAUGGCAGUGGCACGGAGGGACAAGGGCUGGUACCGGUCCCAUCCAAAGAAGAACUACUGGCACAAGUUACACUUUGAGAAGUCCAACCGUCACACCAAGGCCUACAUCCAGCAUUACAACGGCGACAUUGUCGUCAGCGCUUCCACCAAGGAAUGGGCCAUCAAGAAACACCUGUACAGCACGGCCGACGUAGCGGCCGCUGAGAACAUCGGCCACAUCCUGGCACAGAGGUGUCUGGAGUCUGGCAUCAGCUACGUGCACUGCAACAUCGAUGCCAAGACCAAAUCGUUUGAACGGGUUGAUGUUUUUUUGAAGGCACUACAGAAUGGCGGCUUGGUGCUCAGCGAACCCAGAUCCAUCACGGACUUCCAACAACCCAUCGACUACUUCCCAGAGAAUUACUGACGGUAGAACUGAAGCUCAAAACCUGUGCAACAUUUUUUGUAGGGUAUGGACUUGAACCUGUUUUGGAAUGGGGUAAAGAAACUUCAAAGAAGUCUAGAUGGCAGUUUACAAAUUCGGGGAUGUGAAAUGCCCCCCCCCCUCAACAUCCUAACCCUGUUUUUCUGUGAAUUAUGUAUUGAGGAAGUUAUUGAGGAAUCCUUGCAUUAAAGGGUCCAUAAAAAAUGUGUAUUUAUAAAGCGAACAUAUCCACCAGUGUUGGUGCUCAAGGCGCUACAUCAUUAUUACCCUGCUCAUUGGGCCAAUGAAACAUUCCAACGACCAUCUCAGCUCCCUGGGGAGUGUACAAUUGGGUGUUGCUAUUUUGGUGCAAUGCAGCUAAAUCCAACCAAAAUAACUAUCUCUGCCCUCACAGGUACCCACUUACUCCUGGGUGGAGAGAAGCAAUGAGUGACAAAGUGCCUUGCCCAAGGGCACACGCACCAUAACCCCAGGCUGGGCUUGCACCCACGACCUGCAGUGUUACCCGCAGACCACAAAUUCAAUGCUCCAGGCCACAGGCCAUGGCACUCCAAAUGAAACAAAGUUUACACUGGAGCAUAUUGUAGCAAAUAAACAUUCCUCUGAUAUGUAUAAAAACAAGACGUCCUUUUUUUUGGUAAAAUGUUUUUGCAAAGUGCACCUUAUUCAACAUUACAAAUGUUUCAUGCUUUUUCUGACAUCUGAGGACGAUUUUGCUAUUAUGUCAAUUCAGGAACGCACUGUUUAGAUAAGGGGACUUUCUCUUCAAGUUGUUAACCCCAAAUUCUGCUUAUUGAAAAUAUUUGUGAAUAAAGUUUCUUCAAUGUUGUACUGCUAAGACAACAGUGAACCACUGAAAGCAGAAAAGUAACCACAGCAAAAUCCAAAAAUUCGGGGUGACUUGUUAUGCUGAAGCAGAUGUGAAACUGAGGGUUUCUGCACUGAAUGACAUCACAGUUUUGCUCAUGAAUAUGGAAAUCUGCAUUAGCAUAAAACCAAAAAGUACCAAAGCGCCCUUUAAAUGGCAAAACAAAGAUUGCAAAUAAAGUGAAAUCGAACACAAAGGUACAUUUUAAGGAUUGUAUUUUUUUAAAAUUUAUUCCAUUACAUGGGCCCUUUACUGCCCGAAAUUGCCCUGCCUGUUAUUCCCUGUACUGCCCCAAACAGCCUAUUGUGAAUAAAAAAAAUCAGCAAAUUAACACAAUGUAUUACAUUGUAGUACAGUUGUUAAUGGGUAGUAGUUUUUUUUGCUUGAAAAUUUGCCCAUUGGUAAAUUGAGAAGUAUAGAUUUAAAAGCAAUAUGGCUUUAUGUUUGUAAUAAUUGAAUAUCUGUUUCUCUUGAUGUCAGUUGUUUUGAUUGAUAGACAAUGGAAUACCCCCUUGUGGGAUGUGAUGGCCUGGAUGCUGGUUUAUAUUUCAGUUUCCUUGAAGGUGUUCAGGAAAUACAUAGUGACGACAAAAUGUCUAAAGUCAUGGUCAUUGUCUCUGACGAAAUAAAUGUGACAAGAAUGAUUUUUGUAUAUAAA